AUGAAUAUGAAUUUGGAGGGUGGAAAUAUGAUAGAAAUGGGAGGGGAUGAGUUGUUGGAAGCUCAAUCUCACAUAUGGAAUCAUAUCUUCAACUUCAUCAACUCUAUGGCUCUCAAAUGCGCCAUUCAACUUGGAAUUCCAGACGCCAUCCACAGUCAUGGCCCCAACCCUAUGCCUCUCUCUCUUCUUCUUUCAUCUCUCCAACUCCAUCCUAAUAAAACCCAAUUCAUAUACCGCUUGAUGCGUUUAUUGACUCACUCUGGCUUCUUUAUUCUACAAGAGGAAGGAUAUAUGCUUACCAAUUCAUCUUACCUUCUUCUUAAAGACAACCCUUAUGCUGUAUCUCCUUUCGUACUUUCCAUGCUUGAACCAACUCUCCUAAAGCCAUGGCAGUUUCUCUCAACUUGGUUUCAAACUAACGAUCGAAUGCCAUUUGAGACGACUCACGGAAUGCCACUUUGGGAGCAAAUGAGGAAGAAGCCAAAGCAUGGAGAGGUUUUUAAUGCAGGCAUGGCGAGUGAUGCGAUGUUGGUGAUGAAUGUGUUAUUGGGGAAACAUAAAGACGUUUUUAAGGGAGUUGAGUCUCUUGUUGAUGUUGGUGGGGGCACUGGAACAAUGGCCAAAACCAUUGCAAAGGCUUUUCCACAAAUUGAAUGCACCGUGCUUGAUCUUCCUCAAGUUGUGGCGAACUUGAAGUCUGAUCAACCAAACUUCAAAUAUGUUGAAGGGGAUAUGUUUAAUACUAUUCCUCCUGCUGAUGCGCUUUUGUUGAAGUGGAUAUUACAUGAUUGGAGUGAUGAAGAAUGUGUGAAGAUUCUGAAGAAGUGCAAAGAAGCAAUUACAAGCAAUGGUAAAAAAGGAAAAGUGAUGGUAAUUGAUUUGGUGGUGUUUAAUACCAAAAAUGAAGACUCAAUUGAGACUCAACUAUUCUACGACAUGUUGAUGAUGACUAUUACAAGUGGAAAAGAGAGAGAAGAAAAAGAGUGGGCUAAAUUGAUUAAAGAAGCUGGAUUUGGUGCCUACAAAAUUUUCCCUAUUUUAGGGUUAAGAUCUCUUAUAGAGAUUUACCCAUGA